GGGCGCGCGUCUGUGACGUCACCAGGCGCCGGGUGUUUCUCCGAGGAGCGGGCCUUUCAAACUCUGGCGGUUGCCCGGCGACCGGGUCGGCGCCGACAUGAAGGCCCAGGGUCUGUUAAAGCUUAACUACCGGAAAAGAUACUGCAAUACUGAAAGGCAGGUGGUUGACAUUAAGCCAGGAGGCAAUGUACUGAAAUAUAUUCAAGACUGCUUUGAAAUUGUGGCCAUGGAGCCGCCAGUCUUGAGGCCCUCCCCCAGCACCUCGAGUUGUUCAUCCCCCGAUUUGAGCCAAGAUCACUUUCUGCCUCCUAGUGAGAAGAAAAAAUCUCCAGUUUUGGUUAAUUCUGUCAGGAGUGCCUUUUCUGCCACCUGUUCAAAACCACGACCCAGAGAAACCUUCAGUUCAGGCGACGAUGACGUGUUCCUCCCCAAUUCUCCUGAUGAGGAUGGGACCCCCUUAGGAACACCUGCUCUUCUCGUUGAGAAAGCUCCAAGUGACCCAGAAGUGGCUUCCCCAGAUCCAGAUGGCAGUCUCUUCCUGAAUUCAGAUUCUCUAGCACUGCCAUCUCCCCAUUCAGAGCUGGAGAACGAAGAUGAGUUUUUGAUAGCGGAAUCAUUUGGGGACCCCUCCCCCUCUUGGCUUUCGCAACCAAAAAAGAACAACCUACCCAAGAAGAGGCAUUUAACUUCUCCACUGCUUGGAAAGUGGAAAGCCAAAGAGCACAGUAUUGAUACACACAGUGGAGAUCACAUGCCAGUUGUUGAACAGGGCAACAGUUUUUCAAAGCAGCCACAAUCCAUUGUACCUACAGCCCUGCAGUCAUCCACCAGUAAAGAAAUUAAGAAGCAAAAGUGUCCCAAAAAUGUGCCUCCAAAAAAGCCAACACAAAGGCAAAGGAAGAAUAUUAAAAGUUCUGCCAGAGAUUCAAGAAGGAAAUGCAGAGUGUUGGUUUUGGAAGAGAGCAUUGAAACUGAGCCCAAAGGACUAUGCUCCAUGCAGGCUGAAAUGCCUCCUGGGGACGGAUUAACUCCUUUGGGAAAGAGAAGUGCUUAUGUCAGUCGGACAUUUUUAGUAAGUCCUGAAGAUGAGCAUGGCAGAACAUUAACCCAAGAGGGGUCCUGCAACUCAGGAGAAGCGGUUCCAUCCAUGGAACAGCAAAAUAGCAGGACACUUUCAGAACGGUGUUCAUUUGUGCGAGCUAUAAAUAUGAACGAUCUCAGUGGUCCAGUCUACAGUCAAAAUGAUAAAGUGCCAUUUGAACGUGAAGUGAUUAGAGGCAAGAAGGGAGAAUCAUUUUUAGAGCCAUCUGUAGCCCUGCAGGAGGACUUGGUCUUACUGCCUUCAGAUUCAUUAAAGGAUAAAGUGGUAAGACUGAAACCCCACCUUCGUCGGAGCAAACGAAUGCGGCUUAAACCUUUAGAGUACUGGCGUGGGGAGCGUGUGAUGUAUAAGGUGAAAUCUUCAGGAGGGUUUGUAGCUAGUGGAAUCAUAUCACCUAAACCGAAAGAACCCUGCAAACGUAACAGGACAAAACAAGCUACAAAGAUGGACUUGGAGAAGAUGCUGGGAAAUGCAAAUCCUGCCUUGAAAGAUCCCUCAGAGCCAGCUCACGUAUUUGAUGCCGCCUCAAAGCAAGAAGUUCUUCAAGAAUGUGUGAAUAGCGGCCAUUCACAUUUGCUUUUCUUCAAUAAUGAAGAUGUGUCUGUGUACAAAUACUUUUCUACACCCAUCUUUUCUACUGGCAAACUGAUAUUGAAGCCAUUCAAAGAAAAGGGAUCUCAGUAUUCCCAUACAGAUACACUGGUUUUCCAUAUUGUCAAAGGCAGGCUUCUUUUUACUUUGUAUGGCCAGUGUUAUCCUCUGUGUACUGGGAAUUACUUCUAUGUUCCAGCGGGGAAUGUAUACAACAUACAGAAUAUCUCGAAUGAAGAAUGCAUUCUGGUUUUCACACACAUAAAAGGAAACAGGCUGGAAGGUGAAUGAAAUAUCCUCAGAUCCAUAUCUCGUGGAGCAACGUGGCGAUCACAUGCUAAAACUGGAAGAAUUCUCAGGAGUUCUGUAUCGUUGCAGGUUUUUCAGUUAGUCUGUUUCUAGGACUUUUUUCAAUUAAGUUGUUUAUUUUUGGAGGUUCUUUAACUUCUCAUGUAUUCUUCAGCAAUUGCAGCUGUAAAAUGUGUGGCUCUAAAAGCUGGAGCAAAAAUCUUUGCAAAGGUACAAGGACUUUUAAAACCAAGUUCCAAGUGUGUUCUCUCCAAACGUAUUCCCAAGGCAACAUCCACAUUCAGGCCAGACAUGUGCCCUUCUUUUUUGGUUGCCCUGAGAGAUGCUUUGGUUUUUAAAAAAUGAAAAACCUCUGAAGGUUUCCUUGUGUGCCAUGGCAGUGCUGCUCAGAAUGCACCAGCGCUCCUGAAGAUGGUGUGCAGAGGAGCUGGGCAGAGGAAAAAGUGAGGGCUUUUUCUUAUUACUUUUGGUAUGUUUGAAAAUAUUAAAAGUUGUAAUGUUAAAAAGUUGUACUUAAAUCUGAAUCUGAAAGUUGUAAUGUUUGAAAAUUAGAAGUUGUAUGUUUGAAAAUAUUAAAAGUUGAAGGCAUGUUGACUUCGAAA